CACGUCCCGAGCGGGGGAGUUUCGAGUGAACCUGUGGAGGUGGAGCGGCUGAUCCCGAAGCGGGAUGCCACCGGCGCCAGGGAGCAUCCAGAUGAUACGGCCGGCAGCCAGGUAGGGGAACUGCGAGCUCAGGUGGGAAAGGCAAGUGACGGAUGGUGCGUGAUGAACUUGGCAGGAGCCUCUGAGGAUGACUGUAAGGACAGAAGUGAGGAGCAGCCGGGUCAGCCAGCUGAGAGUAGGGACUUGGACCACGAAGAGUGGGAAGUUGUUUCUGAGCACCUGGUCGAGGGGGGGGCCGGCAAGGAUGGCAGCAUGGAAGACUCCGACAGCAGGGAAUGGGAACAAGGAGACUGCUGCGAUGGGGACUCGAAAGCCAAGAGGGUUGCAGCCGUGCCCCCCAUGUUCCAGAACAUCCACGUGGCUUUCCGUGUGCACUACAUCACACACUCCGAGGCUCAGCUCAUCGGUGUCACCGGGGACCACGAGUGUCUUGGCCAGUGGCACAGCUAUGUUCCCCUCAAGUGUGACAAGGAUGGCUUCUGGUCCGAGUCCAUCAGUCUGCCCGCAGACACCAGACUGGAGUGGAAAUUUAUCUUGGUGGAGAACGGGAAGGUCAGACGCUGGGAAGAAUGCGGUAAUAGAACCCUAGUGACUGAACAUGAAGAUCAAAUUGUUCAUCAGUGGUGGGGAUACCAUUAACGGGAUGUUGGAAGCUGCUGAUCUAGUGGCAAACCUGCCUAGAUGAGUCACCGAGCCCCUAAACCUUAGGGGGGGCUCCCCUUCUUCAGUAGGAGACCCUCUCAAGUGCAGAGCCCUGGAAAUCCUGUAUGGAACCCAGCUAAACCAACCUGUGAGCAGCAGAUCUCUGCCAUCCCCUUUAGGAAAUCAUCUGGCAACCCGAAAAAUCAACUGCAAACACGUGCUGAAGAGAUACGAGGUAGGCUUAGAAGGCACGAGCAGCAUUCCAAGCACCUGCCUGUCCAGGUAAAUCUGGACCCCGGACUUGAGUUUGUGUUGCUUUGAGUGGGGCUAUGGGAUGCACGGUGGUACCGACGGCUUGGGCUUGGGAAGCGUGCUGGGAAGUGUGGUUACCAACACUGUAAUAGCAACCUAAGUGUUUUCAUUUAUGUACUGUAUUAAGUAAACAAUAAACACUUUCGGAUUGACAGCCUGUUACCAGCUGA